AUGCUGAGAAAAACUCUGGCAAACGCCAGAAGCGGCACCCUUCUCCAGAAAUAUGCUCCCCUUGUCUCUCUCUUUCUCGGAUCAGCUUCUUUCAUCUUAACUCUUCUGGUGGUGAUUCCCGGAACCAAACGCGGAGCCCUGGAGAACUUCCAUCUCAUUACUCUCAAUACCUCCAACAUCGGAGCAGAGGCUGUUACAUUUACUCCAGUUACGGCGGCUCUGCGUGAAGACGACAAGCACGAAUCUGUGACAGCCACAAUCUGGAAUUCCACAUCUGGCCGAAAUAGUUCCAACCUCACCAACUCUACAACGACUGAAAACAAUUCUACCACUAGUGCACGCCCUUCUUCCACUCCAGCAACCAACCUAACUGCCUCCUCAUCAUCAUACUGGCAAGCAGCACAGCCUGUGACCACCACUUCGGCAGGUGACCCGGUAGCGAGUGCGAUUCAAUCCUUAACAGCAGGCCUAGAAAAUUCUCUAGUGGAUUUGGAGGGUGACAUAGGGACAUUCAUAGAGGGAUUAAUCCAGAACAUAACGCAAAGCAUAGAAAGUGGCGGUGAAGGCGGAAUAAGUCAGUUUUUUGACAAUAUAUUCCAAAAUCUCACUGCUGGACUUACCCACGGAUCAUCAACAGGCAUUGGAGCUUUGCUUGAUGGGAUCCUUUCCAUCGGUGCUGGCAAUCCGCUGGCUGCAUCCGGAUCUAGUCUCACCCAGUUGUUCUCUGACCUGGUCGGCAAUUUUACAGCUGGUCUGGAUAAUGGACUAUCGAAGGCUGAAGGAAGCGUGGCCCAGGGAAUUGUUAGUGCUCUUGGUAUUGAAGAGUUCUACAGCAUUCAUCUUAGGGAUGUCUGUGCAGGAAGUCUGUCUAACGCUGCGGAUCCGCAUGCAAGAUUCAACAUUUCCAAUUGUUUUUCGUACGGUGAAGCUGCCUCUGGAUUAACACGGCUUAUCUCAAACAUUCCCAGCUCAACAACAGUGCUUACAACCAACAUAUCAAUUCCUGCUAUCGCUCAAGUUCAAAGCAUAUCUGUGUAUUUGGGGAACCUCACAAAUACACUCGAUCGCACCAUUUUUGCAUUUUACCUCAUUAGCCUCGCUGGAAGUGCCUUCGUCGUCCUUGCAUCACUGCUACAGUUCUUACUGCCUUCGUCAAAGUGGAUCAUGAAUACCAACCUUGUGGCAUCUUCGAUCGGAUCAUUGUUUUUGCUCUCGGCGUCUGCUACGGCUACGGCAUUUAUAACCACUGCGAACAACAUUAUCAAUCUCUUUGGGAGUGCGUUGGGGCUGAAGGCAGAGCUAGGUACGGGCUUCCUGAUUUUGACAUGGUUGAGCUUUGUCGUAUCCCUCCUCGAGACCUGCACAUUGCUUGCAGUCUGGUUCGUGGAAUUUCGAACAAUUUCAGUGAAAGUACAGAGGAGAAGUCCUCAAGAUUUUGGGAACUGGAGGAGAUUUGGCGUUUUAAGUGAACGCAAAGAGGGCUUUGUGGAAAGUGUUGGAGAGCUACCCACAGAGACAGAACAAGCGCGAGAGAGAAACAUUGCUGCGAGAAGGCUCAGCAGUCGGCAUACGCGGCGGAGCAGCAAGGCAGCCAAUUUUUGA